AUGGAAUAUCGCUUUGGAACUAGACGAGUGUUGAAAGAGGAUGGUUCAUCGUGCUCGAUGAAAUAUUUGAAUGUGGGUGAUCGAAUAUUAGUAUCGUCGUAUUCAUCGGAUAACAAGUUAAUCACUAAAUACAGCACCGUAUUAGCGAUUGAUGUUUACCAAUAUUUUGAUUUAAAGUCGCCCGUUGAAUAUUUAGAAAUACAUACGUCUCUUACUAAUCUGCAGCCAUUACAUAUAACUGCCGCUCAUUCUCUUCUGGUCAAAAAACAAAACUCUACAGGAGAAAAAUAUUUAUUUGCUCGGGAGAUUCAUUCAGGAGAUUCAAUUUAUCUGGUGAACAAAGAAAAUAUGGUAGAAGAAGUACAUGUCACAGAAGUGAAACAAACAACAUCCUAUGAUGCUUAUGUGCCAUUAACGUAUGAAGGAACAUUAGUUGUCAAUCAGGCAUUAGUUUCCUGUUAUGGUACAGUUACGCAUAACGUCGGUCAUUUAAUAAAAGCACCAAGACGAUGGUGGUACAAAGUGAUCUAUGAUCUAUUAGAUUCUAAUAAACGAGAUAUGUCCAGUAGCAUAUUACAUAUGCUAGAAAACAUACUUCUAAGUGUUUGA